AUGUUUUCUGGGUGUAUGUUUUUGAUGAUAUUACUCAUUUCUCAGAUUGAAGAAAAGAUCAUCCUUGGAGUACAGGGUCAAGAACUGGUUCGUCCUAAAAAGCUUCCUCUGAUCCAUAAGCGAGAUGUUGGACACACCCAUGGUGAUGACAUACAGGAGAAAUACGAAGAAGAAUUGAUGUAUGAAAUAAAACUAAAUAGAAAAACCUUAAUACUUCAUCUUCUAAGGUCAAGGGAGUUCUUAGCCUCAAAUUACAGUGAAACGUACUACUCCAUAAGAGGAGAAGCACUCACCAGGCAUCCUCAGAUCAUGGAACACUGUUUUUACCAGGGAACCAUCACACACGAAUAUGACUCUGCGGCCAGCAUCAGCACGUGUAACGGUCUCAGGGGAUUUUUCAGAGUGUCUGACCAAAGGUACCUCAUUGAACCAGUGAAAUACUCAGAUGAGGGAGAACAUUUAGUGUUUAAAUAUAACCCGAGGGUGCCAUAUACUGCCAAUUACUCUUGUUCAGAGCUUAACUUCACCGGGAAAACAGUUUCAAGUGAUACUAUACAUAAAGAAGACUCCCAAACAAAAAACAUCCAUAAUGAAAAGUAUGUUGAACUGUUCAUUGUGGCCGAUGAUAACGUGUAUCGUAGGAAUAAUCAUCCUCACAGUAAACUAAGGAACCGAAUUUGGGGAAUGGUCAAUUUUGUCAACAUGAUUUAUAAAACCUUGAACAUCCAGGUGACAUUGGUUGGCCUUGAAAUAUGGACAAAUGGAGAUAAAAUACAAUUAGAUUCAAACAUAGAAACUACCUUAUUACGUUUUUCAACUUGGCAAGAAACUGUCCUUAAAACAAGGAAGAGUUUUGAUCAUGUUGUAUUACUCAGUGGGAAGUGGCUCUACACACACGCGCAAGGAAUUUCUUAUCCAGCGGGAAUGUGCCUGCCCUAUCAUUCCUGCAGUGUCAUUAAGGAUCUUUUACCUGACAUAAAUGUAGUUGCAAAUAGAAUGGCACAUCAGUUGGGGCAUAACCUUGGGAUGCAGCAUGACGAGUUCCCGUGCACCUGUCCUUCCGGAAAAUGCGUGAUGGAUACUAGUGGAAGCAUUCCUGCACUAAAAUUCAGUAAAUGCAGCCAAAACCAAUACCAGCAAUACCUGAAGGAUUACAAGCCAACAUGCAUGUUCAAUAUUCCAUUUCCUGCCAAAUUCGAUGAUUUCCAAUAUUGUGGAAACAAAAAGUUGGAUGAGGGAGAAGAGUGUGACUGUGGCCCUGUUCAGGAGUGUACUAAUCCUUGCUGUGAUGCACACAAAUGUGUAUUGAAGCCAGGAUUUACUUGUGCAGAAGGAGAAUGCUGUGAAUUUUGUCAGAUUAAAGAAGCAGGGUCCACAUGCAGACCAGCAAAAAAUGAAUGUGACUUUCCUGAAGCGUGCACUGGCCACUCCCCUGCGUGUCCUAAGGACCAAUUCCAAGUCAAUGGGUUUCCUUGCAAGAAUGCAGAAGGCUACUGCUUCAUGGGGAAGUGUCCCACCCGGGAUGACCAGUGCUCUGAACUAUUUGCUGAUGGGGCAAAAAAGAGUCAUGAUAUGUGCUACAAGAUGAAUAAAAAAGGAAAUAAAUUUGGGUACUGCAAAAAACAGGAAAACAGAUUCAUUCCAUGUGAAGAGAAAGAUGUCAAAUGUGGAAAGAUCUACUGUACUGGAGGACAUCACUCAUCUCUCUUUGGGGAAGACAAGACCUAUCACCUCAAGUAUCCAAAGCAGAGCCCCCAGAAUGGCACCAUCACAUGCAAAACCAUGUUUUUAUACCACGAUUCUAAAGAUGUCGGCCUGGUUGCCUUUGGAACAAAGUGCGGAGAUGGAAUGGUGUGCAGCAACGGUGAAUGCGUGAACAAUGAAAAGGUCUACAGUUCAACAAAUUGCCACUCUCAGUGUGGUGAAAGUGAUGUGAAUGGCCAUGAACUCCAGUGCCAGUGUGAGGAAGGACAGACAUCUGCAAACUGUGAAGAAACCUUAAAUAUUACCAAUAUUGCCAUUUUGGUGGUUGUGCUUGGCCUGGUUGUUACGGGCAUUGGAGUUGUCACAUUAUUAAUUCGUUACCAAAAGUGUAUUAAGUUGAAGCAAAUUCAAAGCCCACCUAGGGAAACCCUGGGCGUGGAGAAUAAAGGAUACUUUGCUGAUGAGCAGCAGACAAGGACUGAGCCAAUCUUGCCAGAUAUCCAUCCCCUGCAUAAACCUGCAAGUAAAGAUUCAAGAGGAAUUACAGAUCCCAACCAAAGUGCCAAAGUGAGCUUGAAAUUGGAUCUCCAAAAUGGCUGUGCAAGGCUAGGUUGAGGAGUCCGGAUGCAAGAACUUCAC